UCCUGAAAGGACUCAUGCGGCUAGCCUGGGUCCAAGGACGGGACGGGUGCUCCGGUGGCCCAGGAGAGGGAGGCUUUAGUCCCUUCAUCCCACGAGCCUGAGGUCACCAACCAAAGUCUGCUUUCUCAGGCUGGGCUCAUUUGGCUGUGGCUCCUCCCAUCCCCCAACAAGAAACCUUCCGUGCCCCUACUUCCACCCAAAGCCUGAGAUGGCACCUGCCCUGGUCCCCAUAUGCUCCUUAUAGGGGUAGGGAUUGCGGCAGGUGGCUCGCCCCUCACCUCUGAACCUUACUGGGUUUGGAUUUCUCCUUUCCUCCGCAGAAACUCCCUUACCUCCAUAUUCCCACCUGAGAGGGGAGUAAUGGGAACGUGCCAAGAAGCUGUCCUCGAGGUCUCCAGCGUCUGAGUCCCUGAACCCUGCUCCGGGUCCAGAGAGCCACAAUUACAGUCACUGCAGCUCCUGUCACAUCGCAGCCACACGGCUGCCAAUGACAGCACAGAGGCUGGCACCCCUCCCCCACAGGCCCCCACAGACAGGUCCACGUGCGUCCCCAGAUGCCUGAAUCACUGCUGACGGUUUGGGACCUGGAGGCCGUGGGCUCCUGGGGAGCCACUGGGGAGGGGGGUGGCGGCCACGUCGUCUCCCAGGAACACCUGCGGACAUAAAUAGGCAGCGAGCGAAGGCAGCCCAGCACAGUCCGCACAGCGGCCCCACACACUGUGCCCACCUGCUCCAGGAUGCCGGACACCAUGCUACCCGCCUGCUUCCUGGGCCUGCUGGCCUUCACCUCCGCCUGCUACUUCCAGAACUGCCCGAGGGGUGGCAAGAGGGCCAUGUCUGACCUGGAGCUGAGACAGUGCCUCCCCUGCGGCCCCGAGGGCAAAGGGCGCUGCUUCGGGCCCAGCAUCUGCUGCGGCGACGAGCUCGGCUGCUUCGUGGGCACGGCCGAGGCGCUGCGCUGCCAGGAGGAGAACUACCUGCCGUCGCCCUGCCAGUCGGGCCACAAGCCGUGCGGGAGCGGGGGCCGCUGCGCCGCCGCGGGGAUCUGCUGCAACGACGAGAGCUGCGUGACCGAGCCCGAGUGCCGGGAGGGCGCUGGUUUUCACCGCCGCGCGCGCGCCAGCGACCGGAGCAACGGGACCCAGCUGGACGGGUCGACCGGCGCCCUGCUGCUGAGGCUGGUGCAGCUGGCGGGGGCGCCCGAGCCCGCGGAGCCCGCCGCACCCGGCGUCUACUGAGCCGCCCGCUCCCCCCUCCCGCCCCCGCAGUCCAGAAAAUAAACCUUUUAAAAUGCA